GUUCCCCAUCACGUUUUGUUUUGACAGCCCACCCUCCUUCUCUCUCAGCCGUAGAGUGGAUCUGAACUGCAGCUAUCUGGGGGAUUUGCUGCCGCUGUUGCUAAAUGCUUUUGGCCGCCAUGAAUCAGGCCGGGGACCCCCGUGAGCAGGACCAGCCGGGGGGAGCCGUCCGCCCUCAGCCGGGACAGAAUGCAUCUCAGCUCCUAGAGAAAAAUCCUUUCUCUAUCAACAAUCCAUUGGGCAGUGGAACUCCUAACCCUCUACUGCCGUCACCUGCCAGCCUUCAACUUGCUCAGCUGCAGGCUCAGCUCACCCUACAGAGGCUAAAAUUGGCUCAGAGUGCAGUGACCACAAACACAGCUGCUGCUACUGUACUCAACCAAGUCCUCUCGAAGGUGGCUAUGUCCCAGCCACUCUUUAACCCACUGAGAAAUGCCAUGAUGGGUGCCCCCGGCCAUGCAGGAAUGGCCUCUCUUGGACCUGCCAUGCACAAUGCCCGAUUUCCUUCUACUGGACUACCAUUCUCUGCCCAAAACCCAGCAGCCAUGGCACCAAAACAUACUCAGAAUCCAAACCAAAACUCUAUGCCACCCUUUGGUAAAGUCAUGGGUGGAAAUAAGUUGGAGGGAUUCCACACAGGAUCUCAGCCUUUUGGAUCGGAGACAGAACAGUCUGGGUAUCAUGGCUUCUCUUGUGGACAGGAAGAAACAAUGGAUGGUCGUUAUCCUCCCAAACACAAUAAUGCAACAGGAUUUAAGAAUCAGUAUUAUGGCACACAUGGACCUCAUCAUUCAAUGAGCCAUAAAGGAGACAACAGCCAGGGGGCCCAUAAGGUGUCCUCAAACAGUCAGUGGGAAUCCUCUCACCAUUGGCAAUCAUCUAAUCAGCCCUUUGACAACAGAAGCGAGCUCUACAACCCAGAAGAACCAACCUCAGAUACAAAAUUCAGCCCUUCAAGUUCUCCAGGUUUCAGCAGACACAAUAAUGGAAAACCCCAAAACUGUGUCACUUCACUGAAGAAUCUUAAACCACAGGAAUUGAAUGACUUCCAUGGUAUACCCCCUGCUCACCUACCACACACCUGUACAAUGUGCAACAAAAAAGUCUUCAAUUUGAAGGACUGGGAACUGCACAUCAAAGGCAGGAUGCACAUUCAAAAUGUAAUGAGUUGCUUUGAGAGUGUUGGGGUAAACUGCGUGCCCAAUUCCAGCGACUCCUCUCCAAUGAAUUCUGACUUUCACGCCCGGAACAAUGAAGGUUUUACGGUGGAUAUUGAUCAGGUAUAUGUCACUCAGGCAACAGCUAUUCCAUUUAUCCAGUCUGCAGUCACCUUUCCUGGACCACCCAUGGGUGCCAAGUUUGCACAGAGAGAAUCAGAUCUUGGAAGAGUAGUCCACAUCUGUAAUCUUCCUGAAGGAAGCUGUGAGAAUGACGUUGUUAAUCUGGGUCUGCCGUUCGGGAAGGUCACUAACUACAUUUUAAUGAAAUCAACUAACCAGGCCUUCCUGGAAAUGGCAUACAAAGAGGCAGCAGAGGCCAUGGUACAAUACUACCAGGAGAAGCCAGCAAUGAUAAAUGAUGAGAAGCUAUUGAUCCGCAUGUCAAAGAGAUAUAGGGAACUACAACUCAAGAAGCCGGGUAAAACAGUUGAUGCCAUUAUUCAUGACCUUCAUUCACAGAGGGAAAGAGACGUGUUUCACGAUACAGACAGACACAGAAAUGAAAGGACAAGAUCGCGCAGUCCGGUGAGCCGUUCUCUGUCUCCGAGGUCCCACACUCCCAGCUUCACAUCUUGCAGUUCUUCACACAGUCCCCUAGGACCUUCCAGAGCAGAAUGGGGGAAUGGUAGGGAGUCUUGGGAGCAGAACUAUGGCAGAUGGGAAGAUGAGCGUGAACACGGUUCAUGGCGAGAUAACGGGGAAGAGAAGAGAGACAGGACAGAUCACUGGGUCCAUGAACGGAGGUAUUACUCCAGGCAGAUUGAUAAGCAAGCGAUGGAUGAUCGUCCUGAUGGGUCGAGGGGACACAGGGAGAAAUACAGCAAUCCUCACUCAUCAUCCAGACAUAAGAGAGGAGACAGUGACUACUACAGGAAGGAGUCCAAGUCAAAAUCAGAGACGAAAGCUUCUGAUACACCUGGAAAAACCAAGAGGAAAGAAGAGAACAAGUCUAGAGAUAUGAAAGAAGGUCGCACAGAAGAUUCUAACAAGAAAGAUGGCUCAGAACCAAAACCAAGCAAAGAGGUUGAUGCCAGCAUCCAACAAAGUGCAGAUAAGAAAAAUAAGACAACUGAGACAAAUGAGGGUGUUAAAGAAGAAAAAGGUGUUGAAAAGGCUGGAGUCACUGAAGAGGAAACGAACCAUAAAUCCGUACCCAAUAAAGCUGAGGGUGAACCGGAAGAGCCAGAUAUUGAACCUGUGAUCAAGCAAAAAGAGCAAGACUGGGAAAGUGGAAGUGAGCUGGAAGGAGAGAGCUGGUACCCAGCAAACAUGGAGGAACUUGUAACAGUAGAUGAAGUUGGAGAGGAGGAUCUGAUAGUAGAACCGGACAUCACGGAACUUGAAGAAAUAGUUCCAGUGGUCCAAAAGGACAGUGACAACUGCAUUCAGAUGUGCGCGCAUGGAAUUGACGCUGUGGAUUUACAGUGCAGAUACAGUGAGAGAACCAGGAGUGUGUGUUCCUCUGUAGUAAUGAGAUGUGUAUCCCUGAGAGAGAGUGCAAGCCCUGACAGUAGCUGCGGUGAGACAGCUGCAAAUGCUCCUGAUGUCACUGUGAAUUCUGAAGACAAAGGUGACCCAAUGGAUGAAAGUGCCAAAAGUCCCAACAGACUCUCAAACAAAGAACCUACUAGAGAGAGCCAGGGGCACACUAUAGACCCUCAGACUCCCGAGUACACAGAAAAAACUGCUUUAGAUUUCUGUAAGAGAACAGACUCUGAGGCAAACAGCAACACGACCAUGAUGGACGAGCACAUCCAGGAGGAAAGAUGUAAUAAAAGAGAGAGCGAGAGUUCAAUGUCUGAAGUGAAAUCCCCAGAUGCACCAAAAAUGGAAACAAAAGAAAUUAAUUCUCUACCUUCUUGGGAGCAGGACAAUGUGUUUACUGAGCUGAACAUCCCUCUGGGUGUGGAAUUUGUGGUUCCAAGAACAGGCUUCUACUGCAAACUAUGUGGCCUUUUCUACACCAGCGAAGAAGCAGCAAAAACCUCUCACUGUCGAAGUCGAGUGCACUACAGGAACCUUCAGAGUUACUUGUCACGGUUGGCAGAAGUAGGUCCAGAAAAGAGUGAAGCAGAGAAGCUGGUUCCACAGCAGGAUGAUGUGGGGAUUGUUCCUCAGUUUGAGAAAAGCAGACCUUGAAGAUGUGGAGUGGACAAGAUGGACAUGAGGAUGGCGUGAUAUUCUCAGUGGAGGACAUUACAGGUUGUGUGAUGGCUGGAAGAGUUUUGGUAAAGGAGCCAGAGGAAUGAUAACCCAAGGAGCUAAUCAUUGCAUACAUGUUCAGCACAAACAUGGUGAACAGCCAAAUCAAUGUCCCCCAAUGAUUACCCCCCGAACCCCCCCCCCCC